AUGGAUAAAUUUGAGAAGCGUCUAAACCAAGUAAGCAUGGGAACACCCAAAAAUCCCAUUAUUCAAUAAUCCACUCUUAAAUAAACUGAUGCAGCAAAGAGCUAUGCUUCAUUUAAUGAUUUCAAUAAAAUAGGCGAUUAAUUUGAUAAUGAAGCUGUUAAUUUGAGAUCGCAAGUAUAAAUAUUAGAGGGAAAGCUAUAAUUUUACGAACGAGAAUUUUAAAUCAAAGUAAUAAUAAUAUUGUUACAAAUUUAAGUAAGCAUCUCUUGAGAAGCGAAUACAAUAAUUGAUAUCCACUUCAUCAUAAUUAACUCAAUAGAAUACGCAAUUAAAGUUGCAAUACUCAGCCUUAUUGAAUGAGUAUUAGCUACUUUAAGAGAAAUUGAUGUAAUAGGAGAAAGGGCAGAAGGAAUACGAAGAGAAAGUGAGAUCGUAACUUGACGGUUUGAAUAAAUUCUAAAUGGAAAAAGAACAAUUAAUAUAAUAUGCAAAUAAAUGUCGCGAAAGAUCCAAAUAAAGGAAAAUCAAAGUCAAAGACUUGACAGCUAAAGUGUAAGAGUUACAGGAAUAAACCAAAUAAUAUGAAUUGUAAUUUGAAUCAGCCAACAUUGAAAAACAAUAGAUCUACGAUUAAUUGCAACAACAGAUCUUAUUGCUUUCAGAAUAGAAUGAGGAUUGGCAAAUGAAAUAUGAAGCAAUUGUGGAAAAUUUCAAGAAUCACCUGGCAGAUUAAAAUGAUAGCCAAUAGGAAGAACAAUUGUUAGCCACUCAUACUAUAUUGGAUCAGCAUGAAGCCUAGACUGUCCAGCAACAAUUGGAGAAUCUAAGUUUAAUAAAUAAGGAACUAAAUCAAUUAUUGAGUCAAUUGAAAAAUGCCAAUUAAAUCAACUCUUAAGCAUUUGAAAUGCCUCAAAUAAAAGAAUUAGCAGAGAUGUUUACUAGAAUGAUAGAUAAAUUAAUGGAAUUAUAAUAGAAAAAGACUUAGCUAAAGGAAUAACUUAAAGUAUAAAUAUAUAAAUAUGAUUCUUUUAGUAAAAUUAGUUCCAUUUAUAGCAGUAGGUUUCUAUAAAAUCUAGUUCUGGGAAUUAGAGUCCGAACAUGCAUGAUGAGAGAACUAAAAUGCUCUUCGAAUAAAGAAUCCUUGAAUUAGAGCAGUAUGAAUGAUUUAAUACUAGAUUCUAUUAGAGAGACAAGAAGCAAGAAAAGGUUCGAUCGAUUACUCAACCAAAAUAUAAUGAUCAAAAACUAAAGUAAGUAAUUUCAGUUAUCUCCUAAAUGCUGGAAGAAUUUCUAAUUUAACAAAGAACCCUAUCUCUUUUAAAUCUUCAAUUGAAUGAUAUGCAAUAAGAUCUCAGAAUUCAGCCAAACAGAAAACUGUUCAAAGUUGUGACUUGGGUCAUUAUUACGAUAACUCGUAUUAAGAAAAUCAAGAAUUCUUCAUAUUAUCAUUAAUUUGUAUAAUACAACAAGUUAAGAAUUGAAAUGCCUAUUUUUGAUUCAUUCAAUCAAAUCUUGGAACUUGUAACAAGUCAACAGUCUUUAAUCGACACAUUGUAAAGAGCUGUUGAACAAAAAGCUUCUGACGGGGGACUAUAAGAAUAAGAAAUAUAGUAGAUGGUUGAUUACGAAUUGAGAGAAUAAUUAAUGGCUUUGUAGAUCGAACUUGACAAUAAUAAUAAGAAGAUGAUUGAAUAUAAACUGAAAUCAGAAUAAGAUAUUGAAGAAAGAGAUUAGCAUAUUCUUGAAUUGCAGCAAUAACUGUAAGAACUCCCUAACGAUUACAAUUAAGAAUUGCUAGAACAAUUGGAGGAUCAAAAUACUAGAGUCAAGAAUAUUGAAAAUGAAUUUAAUGUGUUGCAGGAUUUGAUCAAUUCGUUAAUGUGA